AUUUCCCUGCUCUUUUGGGUAUGACGUAGUCGAAACUCGUCCAGCAACUUCUGCCUAAUCUGGCUGAUCCAGUGAUUCAAUUCGAAUAUUUGCCAAAUUUUUGGGCAUCAGAUUUUCUAUUAAUAACAAUUCAAAUGCAAAUGGUCAAAGCUACUUUCUUUCAAUGCAUUUGGAGAAAUGAAUUUGAUUUAACUUAUGCAAAUGUGCUUAUUGAAUUAAGUAUAUCAAACACUUUGACACGUGCCAAAUGCCGGUGAUCUUAUUUUUUUACUGCUAUUUAAUUAAUCAAAAAUAUGUAUUAGCUUGUAAAAAUAAAAAAGAAUUAGUGGUAAAGUUACAAAUUUUUCAAAAAGAUGAAUUGUAGAAUUAUUAAUCAACCCAUUCACCAAUUAUGGCCGAAAGAAAUUGUAAGAGUUCAACCAACUUUGGCAAGACCUUUUCCGCAUUUCCAACAAUUAUCAUAUGGUUUUCCUUGGCUAUUAUGGUCUAUAUUGCGCAGACGCCAACAAAUCAGAUCAUUUAUCAUUUCGAAAACAACAGUUGCAAUUAGACUGGCACUUGUUGCUACCGUUUGGCGCUAAUCACGCCCCACUUAGGUUUCGAAUUCAGAUCCGAUCGGAUUCCAUUCCAACUCCCCAGACUUUGAGUCGGCGUGGGCUUCACAUAGACCCCUCAAAACUAUAAAAGUUAUCUGGGCAUCUGUGAGCCGUUUCAGUUGUUCGAGGUUCGCAGUCGCAGCAGCACCAUAAAAGUUAACAUAUCUCCCGCACUUUCGCAUCGGAUAAUUUAUGUAAAAUCGAAUUCGACAACAAUCACAUCUGGGUUCUGCAACAAUGCAGUCGAAUGCAUUUCACAAGCUUUUACUAUUGCUUCCGCUCGCCUAUCAACAUACAUCAAAUGAUGCCAAAGAUGAAUUACAUUGGAAUUAUGAGACAAAUGGACAUAAUUGGGAAGACAUUUGUUCUUCGGGCGUGAGGCAAUCACCAAUUUCGUUAAAUGUUCAAAAAUCGCUCAUCGUGCCAUUGCCUCGCAUCGUUUUCGGAAACUAUGACAUAAAGCUCAGGGGGCCGCUCACCCUGCUCAAUAAUGGACACACAGUUCACAUGGACGUACCGGAAACGACUAACGGGAAGAAGCCCUUCAUAACCGGGGGCCUAUUGAAAGGUCGUUAUGUGGCCGAGGGCUUGCACUUUCAUUGGGGAUCCCCCGAUUCCCGGGGAUCUGAACACUCGAUCAACAAACAGCGCUUCGACGUGGAAAUGCACAUUGUCCAUCGAAAUGCUAAAUACAAAGAUAUUAACGAGGCGGCCAAAAGCAAAGAUGGUUUGGCUGUCAUUGCUGUCAUGUUAAAAAUUGUAAAGAAUCCCAAUAUCAUCUUUCCGGGCUUAAACAAAGUUUUGGGUGCAUUGCCAAGAGUUACGAAGUAUAAAGCGAAAACGACCAUUCCGGGUGGCUUAAGUUUGGGUCAGAUGCUUGGCAAUGUGAACCCCCGCGACUUCUUUACCUAUCGAGGAUCUCUGACCACGCCCGUUUGCCAGGAGGCCGUCACCUGGAAUGUGUUCUCCCAAGUCCUGCCCGUAUCCUAUUCCUCGUUAUCGAGGUUUUGGAAAUUGCGAGACUCUGAGGGCCACAGGCUAGUCAACAAUUUCCGGCAUGUUCAACAGCGAAAUGGGAGACCUGUGUUCUAUAGAGCCGGAAAAGACCUGAGUGGUGCCUACUUGGGAAAGUGA